CAAAAAGGUGAUAUGAUCCACUGCUAACAGUCAACACAAAAAGCAGCAGUCCGAAAGAAAAAAACCAAAAUGGGAACCAGGAUGAAUAAGGUUGAUAUCUGUCUACAUUUCUGAAACGCAUCGCGUGUCAUCAAGGAAGAAGUUAAUACUCGAUAAGAUCAAGGAACAAAGCCAACAGCAAAAAAGUAGUAUAGUCAUGCCCGCCGCCGCUGCUCCCGCUCCUUCCGGCGGAAUUCCGGGACCUCGACGUGCAGUAGAUGCAUCGAGCAGACGGUACCGGGAAUUCUUCGUGAAGGAAGCAGUGAGAACCAACACAGUCGAGAGGCCUGACGUGACGAACAUAUUCGCCAAAAAUCACAUGCUGCAUUAUGGUCGAAAGUCUUAAUGAAAAGGAUACAGUCAUGCCACGCGAGUGUCUUUCUUUCUGUUGUGCAGGCUAAAGCUACAUCCGAAUUAUCAUGUUAGUUACAACCCGUCGUUACACUGUUAGCACCAACUGAAUACUAUCAAUAUCGUCGUAGCCGGUUGUGAGUAAUGAUGUUGAAGAAGCGUAGCCAGUUGUGAGCAAUGAUGUUGAAGAAGCGUAGCCAGUUGUGAGCAAUGAUGUUGAAGAAGCGUAGCCAGUUGUGAGUAAUGAUGUUGAAGAAGCGUAGCCAGUUGUGAGGAAUGAUGUAGAAGAAGCGUAGCCAGUUGUGAGUAAUGAUGUAGAAGAAGGCGAGAGCUCAUUUCUCCAUGACGCUAAUUUUUUAGUGCAUCUUUUUGGGAAUUUCGUGUUAUCUCGCCUUGAUCGGCUUCUUCUAAUCGUUACAAUUGACGAACACAGUCUUGGACAACGACUCCCUACGCAUUGUCUCCGAGUUUUUGGACGCAAGACCAGUGAAAUCGGGAAUGCCGCUGUUAGGGUGGAGUAAGUAGUUUAUUAUUGCCAUUUUCGUCCUCUAGGGCUUGUUGUAUUGUUCUACUUCGCCCGUUGAAUUAUACAAGGUUGACUUUCGUCUUUCGUGCUACUAACGAACCUCGUGACUUCAAGCCUACAAGUAAUUAUCCUACUUUCGUCAAUUCAAGAAUAGUCUCAGCCUCAGCGAUGGGCUUACGCAUAGAUCAGUGUCGGCGUCAGUGAAUAGUGUUGCUACGACCUCGAAUCCUAGCAAGUGAACUGGCUGCGACGACCCAGGCCAAAUGGGAGAAGGUGGUGCCAGAGGUACUGGGAAAGUUGCUGAAAGAGGCGAGCGAGUUAUGGUCGGAAAAUUCUUCCAUCUACGUCUACUAGCUGACAAACGCCGUCUCUCACGCAAAUUAUACUAGAGAAGAUACUGGUAAGCACGUAGACAACAGGCAUAUCAUAAGUUGUAAUGUUUGGCCGUCCGUCGCGACGUCGACUCCAUUCGUUACAACAAUGAAGUACCGACUCACCCCCGACGAGACGCAGAUACAUUGGGCUGCCGACGAAAGUCGUGGCCUCAUGUGUACUGCGUCGUGUCCCUACAUACAUUUCAUAGGCGAAGGGAGACUGCGAGUACUACCUCAAUGCAGCCUCCAACGACCCUGGAAGUUUUUGGCGGUUGAUGGCUGACGCAGGGUGCCAGCUUCCGCACAUCAAGGACGACGAUGAUGAAGUUGAGGAGGAGCGGGCCUUGGCAUUUUUCAAACCUCUCUCAGCUCUGCUCUCGAAGUACGGGUACAAGACCAAGGUGCUGAGAAAUCUAGACAAUCAUCACGAGGCACCGAAUGCAGUAAACGGUGGCCUGCUCAUUACCUGGGACCACCUCAUGAAGUGUGGCGGGACUUAAGACGAUUGUUGGUGUCGGGAGGUAAGAGAGCCGUGGGCCGGUCGACUCUUCAAUAUGCACAGAAUUGCAACAAGGUAGAGGGGUGCAAAUAACAUAGCGAGAUUGAUGUCAUGCCGAAAGCAAUUUUUAGUCCUAAUCAAAGUACUUCGCACUGUAAUGGAUGGAGAAAAAAUAAUCAAAAUCAUGUCAAACUCUGUUAAACGAGAACAAUGUUCGGAGGAAUUAAGUACUCAUGUGGAUGCUUUUUGUUUCCAUCUUCAUGUGGAUUGUUGAUAAUUCCCAUAAUCAAUGGCACAGAAC